UCUCUCUCUCUCUCUCUUCUAAGAGAAAAUUCUCUGACAUUGUUUUGUUUCCGAACUCUUUGCUUUGCUUUUUGGGAGGGUUUUGAAAUUUGAAGAGAAUUUGGGUGCACUUCGCAGCAAAACACACGAACCACUCUCUUCUCAGUUUCAAUUCGUUUACGAUUCCCAACCCUAAUCCGCUGCCAUGACUGAGUACUGGGUCAGCCAGGGCAACAAAUGGUGCGACUUCUGCAAAAUAUAUAUAUCAAACAACCCUUCCAGCAUCAGGAAUCAUGAGCUUGGCCAACGCCACAAAGAUAAUGUUGCCAAGAGGCUGGCUGCUAUGAGAAAAGAGAAUAUUGCUAAGGAGAAAGAACAGAAAGAAACAGCCCGUGCUAUUGAGCAAAUUGAAGCAAAAGCGCAGCGUAGCUACCAAAAGGAUAAGGCAAAGUUUGAGGAAACAAGAGAAUCGCAUGAAUUGGAUGACCAAGAAUGGGAGUUUGACAGCAGUUCAGGCUAUUACUUCCACAAGACAAAUGGAUUUUACUAUGACCCAAAGUCAGGAUUUUACUAUUCUGAUGCCAUAGGAAAGUGGGUGACACAAGAAGAAGCAUAUGCCUCCCCACACUUCACAUCUAAUGCCGGGAACAAUGGAUCAACUGCAAAGAAGUCCUUGUCAACGUCACAGUCCAAAUCAGAUGAAAACAAAGCAAAUAUGUUUCAUAAUGGAUCUGCACCUGGGCCAGUUGUAACAACUUCUUUGAAUCCCAAAAAAAAUACGAAAGCUGCUCCUUCAUCUCUUGCGGUUGGAAAGAGAAAAAGACCUGUUGAAAAAUCUAAGGUUAUCUCUGAUGAAGAAAAAGCAGCUCUCAAGGCCAGAGAGGCUGCAAGGAAAAGAGUACAGGAGAGGGAGAAACCCUUGCUUGGUCUUUACAGCAAGCCUUACUAACUGUGCAAUAUUUAAUUUAACAGCCAUGUGUUCCCCCAGAAAUGAGGUUAUGCUGUUUAUGCCUGAUUCCUUUAUUCUGUCAUUAUUAAGGUGGGUGUCAAAAUUCCCCAAUUGUUUUCCAUGUGACUGUACCUUGUAGGUUUGUACAAUGUAACUGCUCCAUUUUUUUUUUUUUUGCAAUGCAUGCUAAUUUGCUGCUUUAUUUGUACGAGAGGAAAAAGGAUUUAGAAGUCUUCAUAGGCUGAUGAAAGCGAGUUAAAUCCCUGUUGCAGAAGCUUGAAAACACAUCCGAGUAAGUUAAUCCUUAUGUGGACACGAAAGUAAUGCACGUGUAACGUUUAGUAUGUAAAAUCAUGAUAUACCAGAAGUGAAAAAAUUACAGUCAAAUUUCCAAAACUUUA